GAGAAUGAACAAUGUAGAGAAAUUAUUUUAAAUUUUUUAUUAAGAACAGGGCUGGUGAAAAGAAUAUGAAAUAAGGAUAUGAUGUAACAGACAAAUAAAUUCGGAAGAUGGCGGUAGUGCAACAUAAAAGGAUGCAAGCUGCCGAUAAACCCUAAAGAAGAAGAAGAAGAGCUUCCGUACUUUCUAAGAUCACGUGGUUUUGUUUACCAACGCAAGCCAUUCACCAUACAGCUACUUAACACUCUUUAACAUUAUAUUUAAGGUUUUAAAGUAAUUCAACUAAGAAAGCCGUCAAGCCCGACGGAUUUGAUGUUAUAUAUAUUCUUUUCCGAGAAGCUAUUAUUCCCUUUAGCUCCUUUUUAUGCUACCGUUAGCUUAGCCAGCCGUUAGCUUAGCCAGCCGUUAGCUUAGCCAGCUGUCAUGAGCUCUCUUCCGUCGAACUGUUAUCAGCACAUGCAUAACUGACUUUGAUUUAGCGGCUUUUAAGAUUUAUUAACUAAUAACCUCAGCCAUGCGCUCCUUGAACUACGUUCAACGCGUCAGUUUGGAUUUCACAGGAACCCUGUUUCCUCACGCUAUCUGCCUGGGAGAUGCGGACAACGACUCACUGAGCGAGCUGAUCGUGGGCGACACCAACGGAAAGCUGCUGGUGUACAAGAACGACGACUCCAGGCCGUGGGUCACGAGGAGCUGCGCCGGCAUGCUGACCUGCGUCGCCGUCGGAGACGUCUGCAACAAAGGAAAGAACUUUGUGGUGGCGGUCAGUGCCGAGGGCUGGUUUCACCUCUUCGACUUGACCGCCGCCACUGCGAGCAAAGCGGAUUCGUCCAGUCAGCACGAGUCCACGUGCUCCGAUGACCAGAAGCCCUUUUUCACCCAGCACAUCCCGGCCAACACCAAGGUCAUCCUCAUCAGUGAUAUCGACGGCGACGGCCGCAGCGAGCUGGUGGUGGGCUACACUGACCGGGUGGUGCGAGCCUUCCGUUGGGAGGAGCCGUCCGACGGGUCGGAGCUGGGAUCCGGUCAGCUGGUCCUGCUGAAGAAGUGGCUUCUGGAGGGGCAGGUGGACAGCCUGUCGGUGAACCCGGGCCCCGAAGGCUUACCGGAGCUGAUGGUGUCUCAACCGGGCUGCGGCUACGCCAUCCUGCUGUGCUCCUGGACUCAACAGGACUCCAACAGCUCCGGAGAAGACGCCCCCCCGACCCCCGGGAGUGAGGGACCCUCCAGAGAUGUAGUUCUCCACCUGACCACCGGGCGGAUUCACAACAAGAAUGUUUCCACUCACCUCGUCGGCAGCAUCAGUAAAGGCUCCAAAGAGGAGUCUUCUAAAUGUGGGCUGUUUGCUCUCUGCACUUUGGACGGUACGCUGAAGCUGAUGGACAGCUCGGAGCAGCUGCUGUGGUCCGUGCAGGUGGAUCAUCAGCUGUUCGCGCUGCAGAAGCUCGACGUCACCGGAGACGGCCGUGAGGAAGUGGUGGCCUGCGCCUGGGACGGUCAGACCUACAUCAUCGACCACAACCGCACCGUCGUGCGCUUCCAGUUCGACGAGAACGUCAACGCCUUCUGUGCCGGUCAGUACACGUGUAAGGAGGGUAAGAACAGCCCCUGUCUGGUGUACGUCAGCUUCAAUCACAAAAUCUACAUCUACUGGAAGGUGGAGCUGGAGCGCAUGGAGUCCACCAACAUGCUGCGGGUCCUGGAGGAGAAACCCGAGUUCGGCCGGAACCUGAGGCUCCUGGGAGUCGACACGGACGACCCGGCGGCGGUGAGAGCCGUGGUGGAAAAUGUUCUCUACAAGGAUUCACCGACUUAGAAAGCACAUCAACCCCCCCUCCCCCCUCCCCCUCCCCCCCGAGACUGUAAAUACUCUUUUAAUAAACAC